GCUGGAACUUUCUCAGAAAAAGAGGUACGACAAAUUUAUAGAGUAGUCUUUAAUGAUAGUGUGUAUAGCUUGUAAGUGUGUGUUUGUGUUUAAGAGUUAAAUCUCCAACCCCCCCAUCCUGUGAGAGCAUUAGAAGCUGGGUUAAGCCUGCUGCAAAGCUUUGUGGGUAAUGAGAGCUGACAGGUACAGGCAGCAGUGUGGGCUAUGCUGUUCUGCUGUCUUUAGACCAGGUCAGAAGGAUGAUGUGAGCACAGUGUGAGGCCGGAGAGAUUGUGAAUCUCCUGUAAAGCAGGUGUGGAGGUUUGGCUGUCGUAGCUCCACAGAGCAGAGUCACUCUGUGGGAAAGCAGGUUUGGACUGAGGUGCUGGAAUAAUAGUGAGAGCACAAAUUCAUUUUCAUCCGUUUGCUUUGUGUACAUAAGCUCCACACUGAAAUAUGCUCCUGAAACAAAAGGAAGUUAACAUAUCCAGCUUGAUCCUGCUGUUCACUAACCUCCAGCUCCAGACUGUCUCCAGCCUUCCUGGACAGAUGGGUGGGGACCUCUGUAAUGGUUUAAUUGGAUCACAGGUCAGGACUAAUCAGUGAAGAAAGGGCGUAGUUAGCCACUAUAACAUAAGACACAUGCUCAUCAUGUCAUGUUUGGAGACUGCAUGACCCAAACUGUGGCCUCCAGCAGCCAGGUCAUACUUGUAGUGCUAUCUAAAUAGUAAUAUACAUACAUACAUUGAAAAAUGUAUAUUUCUAAGACCCAAGACCCAAAAUCAAAGUGGGAUUUUUUGACUGUUCUGUCUGGAAUAAUAAUCCACUCACUCUGGUUUUCUCUCAUUAUCAAGUUUACUUAGCCUAACUGCUGAUUUCAAGGUUUUUGUGCUCUUGUCAGCUUUCUGUCCUUCAGCUUGGACUCAACAGUAAAAUUAUCUUGUGUUCAGAGCCCCACGACUGGAGCAGCAUUGUUUUUGUAAUAAAUCAAGGGUGUGACAUUUCCUUCAGCUCUCCAGUCCUUGGCUUUGUUUCACCGGACUGAAAGUCCAAAAUUUAGAGUACAUUGAAAUGGAUUGCAGGACAAGACUCUGGUCAGUCAGGACUUGUUCAUCCACAGCUGAUAAUUGGAAAAUAAAUGACAAAUGAAGGAAAAUGGAAGUUUUUCUCUUAAAUGUCAACUGUCAAAUAUUUAGUUUUAUUGUGCCAUUGUUUUUCAAAGCAAAGCAGUAAAUAGGAAAAAUCACUUCCCUUUAAGUUUUGAUUAAAAGUGAGAUAUAUUCUUGAGACUUUUGAUUGUCCAUAUAAAACCAUGUGUAACUCUGCUGCCUCCUGUCCCAGCUGUCUAGUCUGUCCAUCGAGGACCAGGAGGACACUCAGUUUCCCUUCGCCAUGAGGGAUCUGCCUCCUGUCUCACCGGGUCACCAGGCACCAGUCAACCGUGAGGCAGACGGCACUGGGACAGCAACCAACGGGAGACUCCCCAGCCUUCCCGGGACUCCCCCUCUGCACCGUCCCAUCCCCUGCCUCCUUGGAUCUCCGAUCGUCCCUCCCAGACCAAAUCGCGUGGGAGUGGAUGCAGAGUUUCAGCCCCUGCCCCUGAGGAGGCAGCUCGUGUCUCAGGUGUCUCUGGACUCACCGCUCAGCCCGGCCUCUCGUCCACGCAGUCCAUGGGGACGGUUUGACCCCUAUGACUCUCCAGAGGAUCAGGACAAGGAGUAUGUGGGUUUUGCCACAUUGCCCAACCAGGUUCAUAGAAAAACAGUGAAGAAAGGUUUCACAUUUACACUCAUGGUGGCGGGAGAGUCUGGCCUCGGUAAAUCCACACUAAUCAACAGUUUGUUCCUCACGGACCUCUACAAAGACAGAAAGGUUCCUAAUGCAGAGGAACGGAUCAAUCAAACAGUCGACAUCGUCAAACACACUAUUAGCAUUGAGGAGAAAGGAAUCAAAUUGAGGCUCAGCAUCAUAGACACGCCAGGGUUCGGAGACGCCAUCGACAACACAGAGAGCUGGAAGCAAAUCGAAGACUACAUCGACCAGCAGUUUGAACAGUACUUCAGAGAUGAGAGUGGCUUGAACAGAAGGAACAUCCAGGACAACAGAGUUCAUUGCUGUCUCUACUUCAUCUCUCCAUUUGGCCACGGUCUUCGACCUCUAGAUGUGGAGUGUAUGAGGGCCUUGCAUGAAAAAGUCAACAUAGUUCCCAUAUUGGCCAAAGCGGACAGCCUGACAGAAGCAGAGGUCUGCAGAAAGAAGAUGAAGAUCAGAGAGGACAUCAGGCAGUUUGGGAUCAACAUCUACCAGUUUCCCGAGUGCGAUUCAGAUGAAGAUGAAGACUUCCAGAGACAGGACCAGCUGCUGAAGGACAGCAUCCCGUUUGCAAUAAUCGGGAGUAAUGUUCAAGUGGAGAGUAAAGGUCGCAAGUUCAGGGGUCGUGUAUAUCCCUGGGGUGUGGUAGAAGUGGAGAACCCGGCUCACUCCGACUUCCUGCUGCUGAGGAACAUGCUGGUGAGGACGCACAUGCAGGAUCUGAAGGACGUGACGCGGGAAACGCACUACGAGAACUACAGAGCACAGUGCAUCCAGAACAUGACGCGCAUGGUGGUGCAGGAGAGGAAACGCAGUUUGCGUGAGAAGCAUCGAGACGGGAGCGAGGCAGAUUUUCCUCUGCCACUGGCCGUCGUCGACGCUGAGAAGGAAAGACUCAUCUACGAGAAAGACGAAGAGCUGAGGAGGAUGCAGGAGGUGCUGGAGAGGAUUCAGGAGCAGAUGCAGAGAGAUGGCUGCUGAUUCUCCCAUAAUUCCCCUGGAGAGGAGACAAACGAGGAGCACCCAGGAACACAGAGGACGCCCUGUGUAUAAAAUCAGAUGUUAAAACAGUUGGAACUUGUAUGAAAAGGAAAUUAGCCAUAUUGCAUUCAGGCCCUUGUCUGAUUCCAGUUUCCUAGGAAAACGUACCGUGUGUGAGACUGGAACCAGUGAUGUCAAUGUUUCUGUGGGUCUACGCACAGGAGGGGGUUAUGAGUAAUUGUAGGCUGCCCAGGCUUGCAGAGGAGCCAACACUCCCAAAUUCCAACAGUGUGUCUUGCAAACCAGGGUCCUGUUCUUCAAACAUGAUUUAAAUAAUUCAGGCUAAAAUAAUCCUGUUAAUUCUCAUACAUGUCAUUUGUUUCUUUGUAAGCAGUUUGAGGAUUGAUCUAUUAUUCCUAGAUGAAGUUAUCUUGUGCUCACGCUCAUAUGAAUGGCUGAGUGCAGUUACAUGAGGUGUUCUCAUACCAUAGUUAUAUCAACACUCUCUAUCUCGGAGGAAGUGAGCCGUUUGUAGCUGGAAAUUACUUCAUAUAGGCUAUGGGAUUCACCCUGAAACGUCUUGGUCGUGAUCCAACCCAAUAUCAUUAGACUGUACUUCUGCAGGUUUGGGCUUAAGGGCUUGUUGCUAUGACAACAACUCCAGUUGAAUUUUAAACCAUCUUUGAAAGACCAAAAAAAUCCACACGAAGGUCAAUUCUAAUCUGGAUAACUCAUUAAUCCAUAUAGAAAGAAAGAUCCCGAGCGUGAAGCAAGCUGAUUGGCUGAUCCAACUCCUGUCAGAAGGCUGAACUUUACACUCUGUGUAAGGAUAAUAAAAGGAUAACAGAGACAUGAUGCACGGUCCAGCCUUAAGCAGCCACAGAUUUGUUGUUCGUAUGAUUCACUCCAUCUGAAGACAGAGGUGUUGUACUGCCACAAUUAAUUACUUGUUUUCUGUUUGUUUUAUUAAUAUGUUCUAGGACAGCUCUUCAAUUAGGAACUUUGACACUGUAACACUGUCAUCUACUGGUCAUUGUAGUGAUGCUGGGUUUUAAAUAUGUAAACCACAAUUUUCGUGUUUUAUUACAUGACUCACCUGUUGUUUUUCCUUUUUUUGUACUUUUAAUCUUUAAUUAUGCCGUUUUGUAAGGACAAGAAAAAUAUCAAUAAAAAGGCUUUUUAACUGCA